AUGGUAUCAAUUCAAAAAGUCAUUUACGGAGGAUUAUUAAAUUUACCUUCAAAUAUUUGGAGAACUGUAGCUAAUCCUGAUUUAGCAGCCACUGAACAAUAUAAUUUGAAUAAAUAUUUAUAUGGUAAUGGUCCAUAUAUUCAAUUCAGUGGAUUUGGUAUAGAUCCUUCAAUUCCUGAUAAUUGUACUUUAGAACAAGUUCAAUUAUAUAUGAGACAUGGGGAAAGAUUCCCAGGAUUAUCAGGAGGUUUAGGUUAUGAAGCUGUUGUUAAUAAAUUACAAGCUUAUAACCAAUCAAUUGAAGGUCCAUUAUCAUUCUUAAAUGAUUAUGAAUGGUUUGUACCUGACCAAGCCUUAUAUGAAUAUGAAACUACACCUGCUAAUUCUAAAGGUCCUUAUAAUGGUCAAGAUACUGGUAUUAGAGCUGGUAGUAGUUUUAGAUCUAAAUAUAAUGAAUUAUAUGAUGAUUCCAAACCAUUACCAGUAUUUUCUGCUGCUUCACAAAGAGUUUGGCAAACUUCCAAAUUCUUCGCUCAAGGUUUCUUAGGUGAAAAUUAUACUGAUGAUAAUGUUGAUAUUAAUGUUAUUAGUGAAAAUUCAACUCAAGGUUUCAAUACUUUAACUCCAAGAUGGGGAUGUUUAAAUUUUGAUCCUAAAGAUAACGUCACUUAUUAUAGUGCUUAUCCUAAUGAUUUCCAAAAACGUAUUGUUGAAAGAUUAACUGAAAGUAAUCCAGGAUUAAACUUAACUGUCAGUGAUAUUCCAACAUUAUUUGAUAUUUGUGGAUAUGAAACAUCAGCUAUGGGAUUCUCUCAAUUCUGUUCAUUAUUUACUCAAGAUGAAUUUGUUGAAUACUCCUAUGUUAAAGAUUUAAUGUUUUAUUAUUAUGAAGGUCCAGGUAAUGUCCAUUCAAAAGAUGUUGGUUGGGUUCAAUUAAAUGCUUCAUUAGCUUUAUUAAAAGAUGAUACCAAUGAAAAUAAAAUUUGGUUAUCAUUCAGUCAUGAUACCGAUUUAGAAUUAUACCAUUCAGCUAUUGGAUUAUUUGAUACCAUUAAACCAAUGCCAAAUACCCAUAUGGUUUUCCAAGAUGCUUAUCAUCACAUUGAUAGUAUCCCAAUGGCUGCAAGAUUAGUUACUGAAAAAUUCAAAUAUGAAGCCGAUGGUGAAAGUUACAUUAGAUACAUUGUUAAUGAUGCUGUUACUCCAAUUCCAGGAUGUAGUGAUGGUCCAGGAUUUAGUUGUAAAUUAUCUGAUUUCGAAGAUUAUGUCGCUGAUAGAUUUGAUGGAUUCGAUUUAGAAGAUAGAUGUGCUCCAAACGCCACUUUACCCCAAGAUUUAACCUUCUAUUGGGAUUACGAAGGUAAUAAAGAUUAUAAAUUCGUCCCACCUAGAAUUGUAGCUUAA